AUGAAGUAUCUUCUAUUCAUCUUAUGUUUUUAUAAUAUUCAAUGUGAUAUUACUUAUAUUGAAGUAAAAUAUCCAUUAGCGGGAAAACGAUCACCACCAAAUGCAAUUUGGCCACAUCCACAAAAAAUUGAUAUAUCCAAUGAUUUACUAUACAUUCAUCCGAAUGAUCUUAAAGUUUAUUCUAAUAUUGAAAAUUGUGAUAUUAUUACAAAAGCAAUUGAACGAUACAAACCUAUUUUCUUUCCACCAACACUUGACAUGCAUCAUCCACCAUCGGAUACCGAUAAUAUUUUACAAAAUUUAACAUUAAAUAUAAAAGGCAAUAGUCAAUGUGAGAAAUAUAUUGAACUUAAUUCAAAUGAAGCUUAUAAUUUAACUAUUAGUCAAAAGAUUGCAUUAGUUGAAGCAAAUAGUGUUUGGGGUUUAUUACGUGGCUUAGAAACAGUCUCACAAUUAGUUUAUAUCAAUGAACAAAACUAUGUUGUAAUCAACAGUUCUGUACAUAUUAUUGAUAGUCCACGAUUUCGUCAUCGUGGUGUUAUGCUUGAUUCAGCACGACAUUUUUUACCAGUAUCAAUUAUUAAAAAGAAUCUUGAUGUAAUGUCAUAUAAUAAAUUCAAUGUAUUUCAUUGGCAUUUAGUCGAUGAUCAAUCAUUUCCAUUUGAAAGCAAAACUUUUCCAAAUCUUUCACGAGCGGGCGCUUUUUCUCGUGAUCAUGUUUAUACACCAGCGGAUGUUGCGGAUAUAAUUGAACAUGCUCGAUUACUUGGUAUUCGUGUUAUACCAGAGAUUGAUACACCUGGUCACACACAUUCAUGGAGUAAAUCUAUGCCUGAAUUAAUAACUGUUUGUUGGUCACAUGGAAAACCUUAUCAAGCUAUUUAUUCAGUUCAAGGUGAAAUGGAAAUAUUUAACCCAAGUGAACCACGAGUUUAUUCAACAAUGGAUGCUCUUCUUCGAGAAAUGAAAGAACGAUUUCCUUCGAAUUAUAUUCAUCUUGGUAUGGAUGAAGUUUAUGAUAAAUGUUGGCUUUCGAAUCCAAGUAUUCGUCAAUGGAUGGUUGAUAAUAAUAUUUUAAGUACAAAAAGUCUUCAUAAAUAUUAUGCGGAUAGAAUUUUAGACAUAACACGAAAUCUUAGUGUUACACCUAUUGUUUGGCAAGAUGUUUGGGAUGAAAAAGUUGAAUUACCGCCAGGUACUAUUAUUCAAGUAUGGAAAGAUUCAAGUGAUAAUAUUGAAUUUGCAUCAUGGGCUUCUUAUUUAAAUCGAGCAGCUAAUGAAGGUUAUAAUGUAAUACUUUCAAGUCCUUGGUAUCUCAAUUAUAUUAAUUAUGGAAAAUAUAAUACAGAUGCAUCUGUUAUGAAUUUGGAAUUUUUUAAAUAUUAUGAAGUUGAACCAUUGAGACAAUUUUCAGGAUCAAAUGAAGCAAAACAACGAAUUCUUGGUGGAGAAGCUUGUCUUUGGGGAGAAUUUGUAGAUGGAACAAAUUUAUUAUCACGUUUUUGGCCUAAAGCAGCUGCAGUUGCAGAACGAUUAUGGAGUCCAGCUCAUAUUAAUAAUUCUGAAGAUGCACAAUUUCGAUUAGAUGUUCAUCGAUGCCGUUUGUUAAGACGAGGAAUACCUGCUCAACCUAUUCUAAAUGGUUAUUGUGGUAAUUAUGAAUUAGGUAUGGCAAAAUCAAUGAUCAAUCAUCCAGCAUUUAAUUAUGAUAAUGCCGUAUGGAAUGAUAAAACGGUACAAUCAUCAUCACAAUCAGGAAAAGUUCUUGCUAGUCUAUCAUCAUCAUCAUCGAGAAUGUUUAGUUAUAAUGUUUAUUCGAUAUUACUAUUAUUUAUCGGAUAUUUUUAUUAUAAAUAA